UUGUUUUUUUUCUUCAUUAUAGUUUGUGGCGUUUUUCUGAUUUUCAUUAAAUUUUUCGUUUCAUAGCUGUGCUGCUGCUCCUAUGUUCAGUCUGAAGAGAAUUAUCGACACGACAAGUGGUGAAUUGUAAUUCCAUUCGACUGUGGUGAAGUGUUGCUUUCAAUUUCGAAAUAACGCCUCUACGCUUAACUUCACAAGCAUUCUGAGAUUUCCUCAAAAAAACAUUAGAGGCUAGCAUCAAUAACCUCAUUAUUGAAAAGUGCACUCCAUUUCAUGGUGAAUAGUAAUUUUGACCGAGCACCACAAUGGCUGAAGCCGAAGGAGGUUCCGAGCAGGAUGAUGUUUCAUUUCUGCGAACGGAAGAUAUGGUUUGUCUCUCAUGUACCGCAACUGGUGAACGCGUCUGUUUAGCAGCCGAAGGAUUUGGUAAUCGUCAUUGUUUUUUGGAAAAUAUAGCGGAUAAAAAUAUUCCGCCAGAUCUAUCCCAAUGCGUUUUCGUAAUUGAGCAGGCACUCUCAGUUCGAGCAUUGCAAGAAUUAGUAACUGCGUCUGGAUCAGAAACUCAAUUGAAACACAUAAAUUCAUAGUGCAUGAAACAAGCUGUAUAUGCAAGUAUAUUACAU